AUGAUGAACCACUCGGGGAAUACCUCAGUCACAUAUAGGAACGAGAGCCACCCUUCGCUAGCCAUGAAUCCCACAAAUGUGAUCACUGCAUUCCUUCUGUUGAUGUCCUUCCUGGUGGGGAUGACCAUCAAUGGGCUUUUCCUCUGGGUGCUGGGCGUGAAGAUGAAGCGAACCGUGAAUACUCUCUGGUUCCUUCACCUGAUCCUCACCUACUUAAUAUCUUGCUUCCUCCUGCCCUUCUUUGCUGUUUAUAUCCUCCAUGAUUUCUGCUGGACCUUCAAACUCACGAUGUGCAAGAUCGUGCUCUCCUCCUUCUCUGUGGUUAUGUUCACCACUGUCUUUCUACUCACCAUCAUCAGCCUGGACCGUUAUCUCUUCACCUGCCAUUCCAUCUGGUCGCAGCAUCACCGCACGAUCCCCCGGGCACGAAGGAUCAUCGCAGGGGUGUGGCUUGCUUCCUUAGCCCUGAGUGUGCCCAACCUAUUUUUCCUGACGACCCAAGAGGUCAAGGGCAAAAUGAAGUGUAAUUAUAGAUUCAUUUUCUCCAAUGAUCGGGGCACCGUGCACCUGACUUUCUUUUCAGUUCGGUUCCUGCUAGCCUUCCUGCUUCCGUUCGUCGUCAUCAUGGGCUGCUAUUGUCGGACUGGUUGUAAAAUGAAGACAAAAAGGCUGGUGAGGACUGGGAAGCCUUUCAGAAUCCUGGUGGCUUCUGUGACAUCCUUCUUCAUCUGCUGGCUUCCCUACCAUCUCUACCAGGCUGCACUGUUACUUGAUAGAGCACAGACAGAAACAGAAGAGAUUCUGUGGGAUCUUACAGCUGCUGGAGGCUGUUUCAAUAUCUGCUUCACCCCCAUUCUCUAUCUCUUUGUCGGGGAGAAGUUUCAGCAGGUCUUCAAAACUUCCAUGCUCACGCUGCUGAAGAAAGGGUUUGUGGAUUAUCCCAUCAAUCCUGGGGACAAUAUAAACACCACUGAAGAGGUCGACCAGACCCAUGGCAAAAGUGCUCAGGAGCUGAAAGUGACUCAGGGAAACCAUCUGCCAUAA